CUUGUGUUUUGAGAGUCGAGCAUUCAAAACUACAGUCGGUUGACAAGUACAAACUUUGGUGAAUAAAAACCUAAACAAAUGUUAUAAACGAAGACUUUAUCAGUGUUGCAAUGGAAACAGACUCAACUUUGCUCAGAACAGAACUGGAGGAACAAAAACAGGAAGAGCUCUAUCAGCAGCUCCUAAUGCAGACCAUGGGAAAGAUAGCGAGUGACAACGCUCCCUCUAAAGUCAUCCGGCCACAGCCAGGAAUGUGUGUGAAGACUCUUUCUCUAUCAGACAAGCAGAAGGUUUUUGUGAAUAUCUGUCAGUCGGCAGAUAUCCCGCCUCCUCCACCCAUCUCCCAGGAGGCACUGGUGGAGCUUUUGGAGUCAGAGGAUCCGACAGGUUACAAAGUACCCAUGAGUCUCGGAGAAGCCCACACUGAAUUAGAUAACAGUUCCAACAGUUGUAUCGUGUACGACGUCGUCAUCAAUGCGGAAUUCUUCCAGAGGUGCCAGAAGGACACGUUGUUCCAGCAGUUUAUGAUCGCAGUGUCACUCGAGGGAUUGGAGAACAAAUACAGUUUGGAGUUAAGCAGAGACAUCAAGAUUUUGAAAAACAGGAAGUUCAUGGGCUCAGUGACUGAACAGAACAUUCGCACAAAGAACAAACCAGUCAUUCAGGAGAUCAACACAAAGGAGACACAAUCCCAGCCACCUGCAGCAGCCAAAAGCCCACAGUUCUGCUUACUGGUGGAGCCACCUGUUGAAGAUCCAGAGUAUCUAAUAGCUGAAAUCCAGCUUCCUGGAGUGACUUCUGUUCGCUCUCUCAUCCUGGACCUGGGAGAAGACAGGCUAGUCCUAAAUGCUCGGCCCUCUCUGUUCUACCUGGACAUUUUUCUACCCUUCCUUAUAGACCAGGACAACAGUGGUGCCCAGUACAACUCCAACACACAGGUCCUGACUGUCACUAUGUCUGUGACAUCAUCCUAAAAUAUGUGUAACAUUUAUUAAUAAAUUAUUUAUGUUUUUUAUCA